AUGGAGGGGUACGCGGACCCCGAGGAGCUGGCGCGGCUGCGCUCUGUCUUUGCCGCCUACGACACGAAGGGCUCCGGGCGCCUGGAGCGAGCGGAGUUCGGCGCGUUGUGCGCGGAGCUGCACGUGGCUGAAGCCGAAGCGGAGGCGGUGUUCCUGGGGCUCGACACCGACUGCGAUGGUGCCAUCACCUUCCCGGAGUUUGCGCGCGGCUUCCGCGGAGCGUUCGGCCGGGACAGUGCAGAGGCCCAGGGAGCCUGGGACGCGGCAGAGCCAGAGACCCCGGGCCCGGCGUGGCGGGACUUCCAUGCGCGCCUCGGAGACGAGGCCCAACUCAUUCCCAGAAAAGAACAAGUUAGUACCUUGUACCAGAAUAUCAAUCUUGUGGAGCCAAGACUAAUUCAGCCAUAUGAACAUGUGAUAAGAAACUUUCUUCGAGAGAUCAAACUCCAGAGCACAGAAAUGGAAAACUUGGCUAUUGCAGUAAAGAGAGCCCAAGACAAGGCAGCCAUUCAGCUGAGUGAGUUGGAAGAGGAAAUGGAUCAGAGGAUUCAUGCAGUAGAAAAUGAGACCCGGAAAGAUGAAAAACGCAAAGCAGAGGAAGCCCUCAGUGAUCUCAGACGUCAGUAUGAAACAGAAGUAGGAGACCUACAGGUUACCAUAAAAAAGUUAAAAAAGCUUGAAGAACAAUCGAGACACAUAAGUCAAAAGCAAGAUGUGACAGCAUUAAAGAAACAAAUUUAUGAUUUAACAAUGGAAAAUCAAAAACUCAAGAAAGAUCUUUUGGAAGCACAGACAAAUGUAGCCUUUCUUCAGAGUGAAUUAGAUGCUUUGAAAAGUGAUUAUGCUGACCAGAGUCUGAAUUCUGAACGGGAUCUGGAAAUAAUCCGAGAGUACACAGAAGAUCGGAGUAGUCUUGAGAGGCAAAUUGAAAUCCUCCAAACAGCUAACCGGAAGCUGCAUGACAGUAAUGAUGGCCUCAGGAGUGCACUGGAAAAUACUUACAGCAAGCUCAAUAGAUCUUUGCGUAUGAACAACAUAUCACCAGGAAAUACAAUUUCUAGAAGCAGUCCCAAAUAUAAUCUCCAUUCUUCUCAGCCACUGGCCUAUGAUAGGUCAUUCCAUUCUUCAUAUGCAGAUGAGGAUUGUGACUCUUUGGCUCUCUGUGAUCCUCUGCAGAAGAUGAAUUAUGAAGUUGACAGCCUGUCUGAGAGUUGUUUUGACAGUGGUUUGUCUACUCUGAGAGACUCCAAUGAGUGUGACUCUGAAGCAGACUACAAGCACCAGAGAGGAUUCCAGAGUUUGCAUGAAACACAGGAGAGCCUUGGGGGAGAUGCAUCAGACACAGAUGUUCCUGAUAUAAAAGAUGAAGAAGCUUUUGAUUCUGAAAGCGUGGCCUCUGUGUUACACUGGAAGCCACAGGGAUCUGUUGGUGAAGGCAGCACUGUCAGCUCCUCCAGAAAACCCAUCUCAGCUCUUUCACCUCAAGCAGACAUGGUGGAUAAUAACUGCAAACUGACAUCUCAGAAGGCAUACAAGAUUGUGCUUGCUGGAGAUGCUGCAGUGGGGAAGUCCAGCUUCCUCAUGAGACUGUGCAAGAAUGAAUUUCAAGGAAAUACAAGUGCAACCCUAGGAGUUGAUUUCCAGAUGAAAACUUUGAUUGUAGAUGGUGAACGAACAGUUCUUCAGCUCUGGGAUACAGCUGGGCAAGAGAGGUUCAGAAGUAUUGCCAAAUCUUACUUCAGAAAAGCAGACGGCGUCUUACUGCUGUAUGAUGUUACUUGUGAAAAAAGCUUUCUUAAUGUACGAGAAUGGGUGGAUAUGGUUGAGGAUGGAGCCCAGAGAAGUGUUCCUAUCAUGUUAAUAGGAAACAAGGCUGAUCUUCGUGAUUCUGCUAGUGCAGAGAAACAAAAGUGUAUCUCAGCGUACCUUGGAGAAAAGCUGGCCAUGACAUAUGGGGCAUUAUUCUGUGAAACAAGUGCCAAAGACGGAUCCAAUGUCGUUGAAGCUGUUCUCCAUCUUGCUCGGGAAGUAAAGAAAAGGACAGAGGAUGAUGACAGCAAAUCCAUUACGAGUCUAGUUGGAUCCACUUCCAGAAAGUCACUGCAGAUGAAGAACUGUUGCAAUGGCUAAAUCUCAGCUAUCUUCAGUUCAUAAAGUGCUUGUUUCCAAAAUACUGAUCGUGGGACCCUAAUUCUCAAUGGAGUGGUGCAUUAUACAACACCGGCCAAUGAAGAAUUUUAACCUGGCUGUCCUCAGGAACCUCAGGCUUUCUUUGUUCUAUCUCAGUGAGCUACUUGGGUUGUCUGACCCCUAUAGAUCACUAAGAGGAAAUGUGUUAAUGAUUUUAAUAUAAUAUGGUAAAAUAAAAUUACAUUUUCAGAUCAAAACUAUUGAGAACCCCCUGAUAAAAUUACUUCAUAAGAAAAUUGACUUUGUAGUUAACCUGUGACAGUGUUUGCUUAAAAAUUUGGAUGCAAGAGCUUAAUACUUUGUUUUAUACAAUUCAGUGUUUAAUACAAAGAACAAGGAAACUGGCAGGCUGGUAUAUAUUAUUGCUUUAAAUCAUGGAUGCUAUCACAUAGCAUGAAUACUUUUCAUUUGGCCAAUCAGCUUUGCUGUUACCUAGUCUUAUAAUACUGGCUAUGCCCAGGCUAUAUUAUACCUCUUCUGCUCUGUAAAAUAAGGACAUUAGUCACCAGUGUAUCUUGGAUUCUCUAGUAUUUUAAGAAGCAGGAAGGGCACAGUGGUUCACAGUUACUAAGGACCCUGUGAAGUAUAUAGAGAUAUUGGGUUUUCAAAUUUCUGAAGAAAGAAUUUCUUUGAGAA